UCUGACAACAGGGGUCUGUAUGCAAGCAACAUCGGAGCGCCAGCGAGUAGGCAAAGAAUCCUCUCGGUUUCGACCGCAUGUGUAGUAUAGAUUUUAUUAGCACAUGUAGUUGGCCGCGUGUGUUCAGUAUCAAUCUCAAAUCUCUAUUUUCGGAGUAAAUUGGUUCGUUAAUGUGAAUUAUACAGUGAACGUUUUCGUCAGUCGUUUGUGACUUCGCUGUUUACCGAAUACUCUACCAAAAAUAUACCGUCACUUCAAGGAUGUGGAAUUCUGUAUGUGAAAUAACCACGAUGACAACAAUAAUGGCGACGGAGCAAUGUCUACUUCGGAUAGUAUGCAGCGCCUUCCGGAGGCCCAACAGCAAGAUAUGCAGAAUUUAUACGGACAUCACAUGCCCAUAGAGGUGCGACAGGCACUUAGUGAAUGGAUUGGUAAACAUGACUGGUUGCGUCUUAAUCCCGAUAGCAGCCCGGAUCUGGCUAACUACAUGUUGGCACUUACAGAGCAAUUCUUCAGCGAGCUCGAGGAUAGAGCAAACAAGACUGCAGACUUUGGGACCCGCGUCAAAUUAGUGGAUACUCACCGCUUUCUCAAACAACAUUACAACAUCGACCCAUUGUACCCUAUACGCGCACUGCGUACAUGUAUUCUUGGUGAGCAGAAAAUUAUCGCUCAGUAUGAGCCUCCUCCUUCAGGCGGACAGCAGCAGGGUUUGUCACAUAUGGCAGGCAACGCAGACCCUUCGCUUACUAUUCGUCGCGAUCUCGACGAGUGUCAACGAAACGUACAAGCCAUGGACGACAAAAUCAGGGUGAAACAUCAAGAAGUAGAGACUUUUGUCAUCCGGUAUCAGGAACUACAGAAGCGCAGCGCUCUCGUACAGCAAAUGCAAGCGACAGGCCAGACAACAGAUUUACAUUGUGCCCAACAAGAAGUGGCACAAUUUGAGGCAAUGAUAAAGAGCAAUGCGAGAGAGUUACAGCAGGCGUGGUUGGACUCUAUUGAUAGAUUAAAAGGGAGUGUCCAAUGCUUGACAACCCUUGAGCACCAGAUUGUUGACAUUGAGCUUGGCAAUUGGCAGCGAGCUCAACAACGGGCAGGAAAUGGAGAGCCAUUCCAAAAUAGAUUAGAUCAGAUCCAAGAGUGGUGCGAAAUUCUCGCUGAGCUCAUUUGGAAGCACUUGCAGCAGGUGCAAAGGUUUGAAGUUUUGAUAAAUACAAUGGAGAAGAUUACGGUGAGCCCGUCGGGGCCAGCCCUGUGUGACAGUCUCACGCAGCUUUUUGGCCGGAUAAAGCUUCUUCUCUCUGCGCUCGUGUGUGGAACGUUCGUGAUUGAGAAACAGCCGCCACAGGUAAUGAAGACCAACACGCGUUUUUCGGCCACCGUCCGGCUGCUCGUAGGCGGUAAACUUAAUGUGCACAUGUCGCCGCCACAAGUCAAGGUUUCGAUCAUCAGCGAAGCGCAGGCCGUUGUGUUUGCUCGCAAUGAAGCUUAUCCCUCAAAUGAAGUCUCUGGGGAAAUCCUAAAUAAUAUCGGAGCGAUGGAAUAUCAUCAGGCUACCAACCAGCUUUCGGUAUCGUUUCGAAACAUGUCACUCAAGAAGAUCAAACGAGCAGAAAAGAAAGGAACUGAGAGUGUUAUGGAUGAAAAAUUUUGUUUGCUAUUUCAGUCAAUCGUCAAAGUGCCUGAAAUGACGUUUGCUGUACAGGCACAAUCGUUGCCAGUUGUUGUGAUCGUUCACGGAAACCAGGAACCCCAUGCGUGGGCGACCGUUACAUGGGACAAUGCGUUCUCUAAACCGCAACGUCUACCAUUUGUUGUUCCUGAAUGCGUUUCCUGGAGGGAUAUGGCGCACGUCUUAUCGACAAAGUUUCACUCGGCUACUGGUAGAGGUCUUUCUGAAAGUAACUUACACUUUCUGGCGACAAAGGCUUUCCGCAAUCCAACUUUAAACCGCGAUACUCAGGACAUGAUGCUUAGCUGGGGGCAGUUCUGCAAAGAUCAGCUCCCUGAACGCACGUUCACGUUCUGGGAAUGGUUCUAUGCUAUCAUGAAGGUGACAAGAGAGCAUUUGCGCCUCCUUUGGAAUGAUGGAGUUGUAAUGGGCUUCGUUAGCCGACGUGAAGCUGAAGAAAUGCUUCUAACUAAACAUAAUGGUACAUUCCUUCUACGCUUCUCCGACUCAGAAUUAGGCGGCAUCUCGAUAGCGUGGGUAGCCGAAACUGAAGCAGGCGGAAAAAACAUUUUGAUGGUGCAACCUUUUACGGCUAGAGAUCUAAAUAUCAGCAGUCUGGCAGAUCGAGUCUCUGAUCUACAUAAUAUACUGUAUCUGUACCCGGAAAUUCCGAAAGAAACGGCCUUUGGUAGAUAUUACUCGCCGGCUGUAGCGACGCCACAUACGAAAAAUGACAAUGGUUAUAUCCCGCCAAGGCUAGUCACGCAGAUCCCGCUGCCAUUCCAGCAGCAUUCGUCGUUAGAUUCAAAUCCACCUACUCCUCAAUCUUUUUACGGUCACUCCGAGCCUCAGAACGUAUACGCUGGAGGAUCACACGAUAAUGGAUACGGAGAUCCUAAUUCAAUGCUUUACGCUCUUUCCAAUGUUCAAAAUUCCGGCCAGUCAUUGAAACGACUUCGAGACGAUGAUUAUCGCGAUAUCUAAGAUGAAACAUCUGGAAGAAAUAAAGUCCAGGCCGCCAUUGAAGUUCAGGCCGCCUUUUACAGCCCGAUAAGCUCAAUAGCGAAGUCCACAUUGCCUUCAAGCUUUGAGCUCAACGAAAAGCAAGCAAUGCUAAUAUUGAUAACAUAAUUACAGAAACAUAGACGCAGCCAUGAGAAAAGCAACAACAGCCAAGAGUACAACCGAAACAUUAGCGUCAGAACAGUUAUAUAAUUAGAGUACAAAGACAUAAAGGUGUAGUGUGGAAAAAGCACUGCCGUUUAUAGACAAAUGCAAGCAAAACAGGAUCAAGUUCUGAUCCAAUUGUUUUCCGGGUAGGCCCCGAUUCAAACGAUCAUUAGAGGUCAGCCUCAACCAAGGUCACAGUACUACAAAAAAGAUUUCCUUAGCUGCUAGAACAAUUAUAAUCGUGCGUUCUGUUGACAUUUUGUAAUUAAUCGAUAAAAGCAGCUUUAGCAAUGCUAAGCAACGUUAACGUUUUUGCAGUAUUGCUACACAUGAUGGCAGAAAUGUACUGAAACAGGGUGAAGCUGUAGUUAUGAAAAUCGGUUUCGUGUCAUGCUAAAAACAACACUCCCUUAUACGGGUAGCGCAAAUCGACAAGCAACAGCUUUACUUAACAGGUUCUAAAUAAUGGCUCACCCUUUCAACAGAGUGAUUUAUUCUUGAAUAGUUCGAAUCAUCUAUUUUUGUAUAUAUAUACUUUGUGUACAUAAAGACUGUGCUAUUAUAGGUCAAUAAUAAAAACUUGUGUAUUAGCACAUCUAUAUUGAAUAACAUUUUCACACACUCACUUUACUUAGGGCCGUAACUUUUAAAUGGCGUGCAAUUCACCCCAAUAAUGUCAAAAUAAUUAUUUUAUCAUACGUGUGCCAAGCGAGCAUAAUGUUAUUAUUACUAUUCUGCGACACAUCACUUGUGCGAAACAAUCUUGUACAUAACCAUCGACUGAGUAAGCAGUUUAUAAACUCUGAAGUUGACAAUGGUCACGAGGAUGAACGAUGAUAAUAUCGGAGCCUACGCUCCCCAGUGUUUGCCUAUUUGCGUAUCGAUUUAACAAUGUCAUAUGUACCUGUGCUAUCGCGGAACAGGGCCGAUAAAAGCUAACGAUUAAAUGAUUUUUUAAAGUCUUUUUGAAGACAAGCUCCUAAAGGGCCUUCCGUUAGAUGUAUGUGUGUAUGUGUAUGUGUAAGUGUGUGUGUGUGUGUCUGUGUCUGUGUGUGUGUGUGUUCGUCCACAGUAAUUUAAUCGCGUAUGAUUCAUUUGUUUGCUAUAUAACUAGGUAGAAAAGUUUAUCAAUUGGCUAAAAGACAGCUAAGCUGCGAGUUAUAAACAAAAUAAUACUUCAUACUAAAUAAUAUUUUAGAAACAGGGAUGCAUUUGGCAUAUAAAGGUUUUCUCUAAUGACUUUUAAUUACAUUUUGGCUGAGAAUAAAAAAUAAUUCUGUUAUAAUAUACGCAUUAUGUGUAAACGAUCAUCUAAAGCAUAUAAAGAAAUCAUUUCUGCCGCACACCCCUAAAAAAGAGAGAACUAUUUUACAGAGGCUCGCGCUAAACUGCCGCCAGCGUCAACAGAAAAUGGUGGCAGACAUUUGUUAUCUACCUUUCGAAAACACACGCUCAGCCACUUGAGAGGACAAAUGUAUGCAUCUCAUAGUUUCUUAAGAAGGAAUUUUCGACAUUCAAUA